UAGCGUGUCCUCUCAGGCACGGACUGGAUCGCAUCACUUUGUGCAGGUGCAUAGCGUUUCUUCUAUCACCUGCUGACUGAGCCUGCAGGAGGCGGAGCUAACUGUUUCAGGGGCGGAGACUCAGAGUGACAGACUGACGCUAGGCCCGGGGAAGAUCCUAACUGAGAGGCUGAGAGUGGAGCGUGCUCACUCCCAACAGCUGCCCCACAAAAGCGCCUGUACUGAGCUUGUGCCUAAUGAAGGAUGGUCCAUCCCGGCUUCCAGAAGGGCAGGUGCAGCUGGCAGCACCGGGGAUUGGGGAGUGCCAAGCGCAGCAGCUAAUCUUUGGCAGCGGCCACGGAGGUGGCGCCAGGAAGUCCAGAGUACCAUGCAGCAGUGGCCGGCGCUCUCCUCCUCUCAGGCAGCAGACUCAGCAGCAGCUCCGGUACUGCUGCACUCUCCUGCCGGCGGCUCUAAGCAGGACCCAGAUGAUAUUCAACACAAGAAGGAUAUAGCAGAGGAACAUCAAGUGAUAUGCAAAUCCAGCAGUGUCCAUGGUUCACUGAUUCAGUGACUUUGCCUUCACCUCGGUAGUGUUUCUGGAUCAGUCAAACAAUGAUCCUCGGGCGGAGUUUGCCCUGAAGACAGCCUGCCAGCCAGACCUCCUUCCCUGCACUCUGGUUCCCGAUGUCAGCGAUUCCCACACUUCACCGAUUUCGUUGGGGGUUACCUUCUAUACUGAAUCCAUUUUAAAUUAGAACCUGAUUCAUAUUUCCUUCAUUCUCCAAAACCACAAAACUCAUAUCAACUUACAGCACACUGUUUGGGUGGGAGUCUCUGUAGGGACCGAGUUAGGAGAAGCACACAGCCUGCAGUUACUCUCGCUUCUUGCAUCUCUAAAGUUAUAUCCAGGAAAGUGCAGUGUCAGAACUUCAUAAACAGCAUGUAAAACACAUUUUGGAAAUGUUUCAGGUCCACAGGGAAAAGCAUCCCGAUUUCACCCUAAAAAGACAAAAGAAAAGGUGCCUGCAAUCUACAAACUGCACAGAUGAUCUUGGGGAGACACGUAUAAUGUAUUUAAUGUGGAGGAAUUUCCCUGCAUUUUGUUUCCUGCACUGAAACUGUUACCACAGCAGACAGUUGUAUAUUAAAGGAUGCACAAAAAUUCCCCUGAUGGCUGUUGUGAUAUAUUAUAGGUUUCUGAAUCACUUGAGCCCCAAAUAAAAUUCACAAAGACUCAGCAGUACAGGAAGACUAGUCAUACAGUGCAAACUACAUAACGGCUCCCGAGCCCAGAGCUUCUGAAAUUAAACUCAUACGUCACCCACGCAUUGACCAAUCUCAGAUCAGCUCUGGUUGUUACACUACAACAAGCUCCACAGCAGGAAAUCUGCAGAGCAUGCAAGACUGAUUCAGGCACCAAACAAAACAAAUAAAUAAAUGAAGGGUUCCAGUUGGUACGAAUCAAUUUUCUCUGUCACUAGAAGGAUUUCAUUGGCAGAUCUCCUGAGAAGUCCCGCCUAUUGACAAAUGUCAAAAAGUUUUAUCACUUCUAGCAGUUGUCACUAUAGUCUAGGUCUUCAUACUUUAUAUCUACAUGUACAUCUCUACUAGAUAUUUAUUUCUCUAUUUAUUCCAAAAGAAGCUGCAGGAAAUGAAUAUUGAAUCCUCACUUUGUACAGCUUUGCCAUACUGCCCUGAGCCACACAUAUCACGGUUUGUGGACACGUCGACACAUUUUUCCUGUAAAGAAAGGUAUUAUCGCACAGCCAUGUCUCAGACCUCACAUGGUUCCGAAAAUAAAAGCUCUGGAGUAUUUGAUCGACUUUGGGAAUUUUUAGGACCAAUGCAUUCUGUACAACCCAUUGACUUGAAUUUUACCAGUGAUGCAACAGAGAAAGGUCCUACAAAUAAGAUUGAAAUUAGCAUGGACUGUAUAAGGAUGCAGGACUAUGAUCUGACUGAUCCAAUGUGGCCGCAAUAUACAAACUUGGGGCUUCUGAACAGCAUGGAACAGCAGAUCCAGAAUGGUUCUUCUUCCACUAGCCCGUACACCAAUGAGCAUGCUCAGAACAGUGUAACAGCACCAUCACCCUACUCUCAGCCCAGCUCCACGUUUGAUGCACUGUCUCCUUCUCCCGCCAUCCCAUCAAAUACUGAUUACCCAGGACCUCACAGCUUUGAUGUCUCAUUUCAGCAAUCCAGCACAGCCAAGUCUGCUACUUGGACGUAUUCUACUGAUCUCAAGAAGCUCUACUGCCAGAUUGCCAAAACGUGUCCAAUUCAGAUCAAAGUGAUGACUCCACCCCCACAAGGAGCAGUUAUACGAGCAAUGCCAGUCUACAAGAAGGCUGAGCAUGUCACAGAAGUUGUAAAGCGCUGUCCAAACCACGAGCUGAGCCGAGAAUUUAAUGAGGGACAGAUUGCACCUCCCAGCCAUCUCAUUAGGGUGGAGGGAAAUAGCCAUGCACAAUACGUUGAAGAUCCAAUCACCGGUAGACAGAGUGUUCUGGUGCCCUAUGAGCCCCCUCAGGUUGGCACAGAGUUCACAACGAUACUAUACAAUUUCAUGUGUAACAGCAGCUGUGUUGGAGGAAUGAACCGCCGGCCUAUAUUAAUCAUAGUGACACUGGAAACCAGAGACGGUCAGGUGCUUGGUCGCAGAUGCUUUGAGGCACGUAUUUGUGCUUGCCCUGGUAGAGAUCGUAAGGCAGAUGAGGACAGUAUCAGAAAACAGCAAGUCACAGACAGCACAAAGAAUGGGGAAGGUAUGAAGCAAUCUUUCCGGCAAAGUACCCAUGGCAUUCAGAUGGCUUCUAUCAAAAAGCGACGGUCACCAGAUGAUGAGGUGUUAUACCUACCUGUAAAAGGCAGAGAGAUUUAUGAAACUUUAUUAAAGAUCAAAGAGUCUCUGGAGCUCAUGCAAUAUCUUCCACAGCAUACUAUUGAGAACUACAGACAGCAGCAGCAGCAUUUACUUCAGAAACAGGACAGAAGCCUACAGAGCAACCUGCCCGGCCCCCGCAAUACAGGGAGGAGUGACACCUUCUCCAUACACCAAUGGCAAAAAAGAAUGCAGAACAGCCCCAACUACAUGGAACACAAUCUAAAGCAUUCUCCAAUAGAACAAGAUGUCAGAGAUGAAAAUUACCUAAAUGAACGGGCUUCAUUACAAGGGCAGCAAUCCUUUGGAUCAGCCUCUCCUCCACUCAGCAAAAUGAAUAGUAUGAACAAGCUACCUUCUGUUAGCCAGCUAAUGAACCCACAGCAGAGAAACUCCAUCACUCCUAAUGCCAUGUCAGAUGGCAUGGGAUCAAACAUUCCCAUGAUGAGUGCGCACAUGCCAAUGACGGGUGACCUUAAUGGGCUUAGCCCCCCCCAGACGCUGCCUCCUUCACUAUCCAUGGCAUCCACAUCACACUGCACGCCACCUCCUCCAUACCCAACAGACUGCAGCAUCUCCAGUUUUUUAGCGAGAUUGGGAUGUUCAUCCUGUCUGGACUAUUUCACUGCCCAGGGCCUGAGCAACAUUUAUCAGAUUGAGCACUAUUCAAUGGAGGACUUGAUCAGUCUGAAAAUUCCUGAGCAGUUUCGGCAUGCAAUAUGGAAAGGUUUAGUGGAACACAGGCAAAUCCAUGAGUUCUCAUCACCUUCCCACCUACUCCGAACAACCAGCAGUGCUUCUACUGUCAGCGUGGGUGCCAACGAAUCUCGCGGAGAGAGGGUCAUCGAUGCUGUGCGGUUCACGCUUCGCCAAACCAUAUCUUUCCCUCCCCGGGAUGAUUGGAAUGAUUUCAAUUUUGAUAUGGAUACCCGCAGGAAUAAACAGCAGCGCAUAAAGGAAGAAGGCGAAUGACUAACAUCUGGCUUUUUCUCUUAACUCUGCCCAACACUACAUUUUUCAGUUUGAAUUAUCCAUCAUCAUCCCUUUCAUAUAUAUAUAUUUCAGUUUUUAUUUUUUGGAAGAGAUGUUGUGCAGAAGGCAUAAAUUACAAAUCUAAAAUUGAAAAAGGGUAUAGGGAGAUGUACAAGACAUAUAUAUGUUGGUAAGGGUAUUAGAGAAAUGAGUUGCACUUGUGUUUCCAGCUUCAGUCUUCCAUACCACCAUCAGCAGCUUAAAGAUCAGUGCCUAGAAACUCGGUUUUGGAAUGAAGCACCUGGAAAUAGAGAAUGUGAACUUAUACCAUGGAGAGAAGGGUGACAACAGGUUGUGGUGUCUGCAAGUAUGCUACUGCCCAGAAUAUCAAACACUGUGUAAUUAUUACAAAAAAAAUAUGCUACUUAGUUAUCACUAAGGGAGAUUACAUUUCAUUUGACGGAAUAAUGGAUGAACAGGUUUUCUAGGCACAGUACAUUAAGAGAAAGUUAAGUCACUUUCUGUUCAUUCCUUUUAAUAUAGAGUAUGCUUUUGUCUGCUUGAGUCCCCUACUCCUGUUUGCACACUGAUCCUCCACCACUACACCCAAAUCAUACCAGUUCUUUAGUCAUUUCUCUCUACCUGCAUUGCUUAGCUGGGCACCCAGCAUGCACCACUGGAUGAAGGCCUUAUUAUAUUACAAUCACUGCCAAUGACCUUUUUUUAUCUUUUGUAAAACCCAGUUUGUAUUGUAUUGUAUUGUAUAUGAAUAUAGUUGCACUUAUUAAAUGCUUGGUGUUGAUUUGAACAACAGCAAAAAAACAUGGAAUAUACUGUAGUACGAAGAUGACAUCAGUCGCUCAACUAAAAUGUCAUUUCUAUUUAAUCCUAUCCUAUAUGGGACCAUUCAUUAUAACAUAUCUGUAGAAAAUUGAUUGUUUCUGUUAAAUUAUAUUAAAUCACAAUUAGGAUAGUGUACUAAUUUGGUGCAAAUGUGCAGUGGCUCUCAGCAAACAACUGGCAACAACCUUUGACUGACUUAGUGCUUUACACUAUUCUCUAAGUAUAUCUUAUUUGUUGAGACAGUUUACUUUACUUUUCUACUAUAUUAGUAAAUCCCUACCUAUGCUGUUUAGAAAUAAACAGAUUUUAUUUUAUAUCUAGUAAUUGACAACAGGAACAGGGUCCUUUGUAGGAAAACCAAACACGCCUAUACAGUACGUUAAAAAAUAAAAUAAAUAAAAUGACUAAUUAGACACUAAGGGCUCUAUUUACUAAGCCUUGUAUGGAGAUAAAGUCGACAGAGAUAAAGUCCCAGCCAAUCGGCUCCUAACUGCCAUUUCACAGGCUGAGUGUGAAAAAUGUCAGUUAGGAGCUGAUUGGCUGGUACUUUAUCUCCAUCCACUUUAUCUCCGUCCAAGUCUUAGUAAAUAGGCUCUAAAGGUCAGUAGUUGAUCUUGCUAAUUCACAACAGAAAACUUGUCUAUCAGCAUUGAGUAAGGCAUAUUGGCCCUCAUUUAGAUGUGGUUGGAGGUGUGCCCUGAUGCACAAAGUACCGAUGUUCAUGUACAGGACCCAUUCUGCGCAUCCUGUGACACAGGAUGCAGGGAUGGCAUCAGACUGUCAGUGAUUAACAGUCCCAUACUGUUUGAGGGUGGGGAGGGGGCAGGGACGGCCUACCUUUCUCCAAACGAGGCACGUCACCACCGUUUAGGGGCAGGGAAGAGGUCAGGGAUCUCCAUCGUUGCAAAGAGAUCUCCUGGCCUGUGCGAUGGGCGGCUUGCACAUCUCCAUGUGUUCUGCAAGCCGUCCUAUGGUGCUAGGGAAGAUCUUGGACACAGUUCAGAUAAGUAGUGCUACAUUACUGUAUUACUGGUAUCGCUGCUGCUUCUAUGUAAGCAUCAUCGAUAGCACCUCCAAGCACAUCUGAAUGAGAACCAUUGUACACUCUACUUUGGGCUUUAUUUUUUAUCUAUUCAGAAUAUUAUAUUUGCAUUUCAUUUUAUGGCUUUAUAUUUACAGUGCCUAAUCUAUAAAGUACAUUAUUAAAAGUAUAAGAGGGUACACGAUAAGAUGAGCAUACACAGUACUGUAACAAUAUAACAUUGCAAACAGAAACUAUGGCUGUAGGGUACAUAGAAAAUAAUCAAAUAAGAAAAGCCCAAACAGCCUACUGUAUGCAUUACUACCAGUGGCUCUGCGAAAGAUCAGGAGCUUUGAAAGUAUAUAUUUUUCAUGGGAUACUGUUGACUACUAUUUCCUACAGCCCCAGAAGCACCUGGGUGAUUGUCGGUGCACAUAUGGGUUGGAAUGAAUAACCAGGAUUACUAUGUGGGUUGGAUAUUAUAAAACACAAAGCUGUUCCGUGACAUUCAUCCUUGUAUUAUUUUCUUCCAGUUGAAGCUUUUUAUAUAUGUAGAAAUUAUUUACUCUAGAGCAUUCACAUUUUCUUUUAUUCGAUCAUUCAUUUCAGCACUGACAUCUUCUAUUUUCUCUUCUAUUUAUUAAAACUUUCUUGUAUAGCAAGUUGGCUCCUCCCUAGCUGUAUACAUGGUUGCAAACUGUAGCAGGUGAAGAACUGAUAGCCAGUAAGCUUGUGUUGUGAGGCCACUUGCAUGCCACCAUUUGGGGGUAGUAACAAACCAAUCCAAGCCUAACUAGAUUUACAUUUAGCAAUAAAAGAAAAUAGACACUGGAUUUUGUUGUAUCAUAUUUGAUACCACUCUCUUUUUAUUAUGUGUAACACAAUGUAUGUCAGUGGAAAAUGCUCUGCUAGGUUAUAUUGCUACCAGUGAUGACAGUAAUGGUUAGUAGUCAAAUUUGGAAUGGUGCUUUAGCCCAUACGUAGCUUUUGGUAACAUCAGCUUUCCUAUCGGCUAAUGCUGUCAUUCAACCUCAGUGUCUUUCCUAAGCUGGAAUGCUUACAUUAUAUAUAUUAGAAAGAUCUUGGGAACUUUGAGUCUCCAGGUGACACUUACCCAGAGAGAUUAGACUAAGCAAGUUUCCAUUAUAUUUAGUGAAAUAAAACAACUUCGACAACAAGCUGUUGACUUCAGUAUCUCAUGAAGCUUUUUGGCUGUAAGUGUUAUUAUUGGUUUUUCAGAAUCAGUUCGCAGAAAACUGAUCUUUUGCCUGGGUAAUUAAUAAUGCCAUCCAGUUUCUAUAAUUAAUUACUUGUCAGUUUAUAUGUUUCUUUUUGUUACUGUGACUGUACGAUGGACAUGGCUAUUUACAAACAAUACUAUUCUUUAGCCACUGAUUUAUGAGCAGAUCUGGCCAGCUAUUUUGGCAGUGUUCUGACAUUGGGUCUCAUGUGUUAUAACCUAUUGCAUCAGAUUUAAUAAGUCAGCAUGGAAUACCUGGCCAGCUGCUCCCUCUGUGUGUUGGGGUAAUUGUUGAUUGGCGCUUUAGAAAUGCGGGCAUUCUUGCACAAAUUCCCGCACCUCCAGCUUCCUGCACCCUAUUACAUUUACCCCUGAGAUCUGUAAGCAGCUUUUCUCUACACUGAUUAAGAUGUUGUUAUGCGCAGCUUUUAACAUACUUACACUAUUGUGUUUCUUUCUAGCCCUGUUAUUUUCUGUUACAUAAACUUUCUGUAUAGUAUGUGUUCUUCUACAUUCAAUGUUUUGACUUCCUAUUUUAAUACUGUGGGAUAGCAGGUCUUCCAAAUCAAAUUUACUGUAUUAAUACAAUGGCUUUAUUCUGUGGACUCUUUACAUUAUUAUUUUUUUUUAUUUUUUUUUACUGUACUGUUUGGUUUGUACAUAUUUACAUUCAAAGUCCUAUAUUUCAAAUAUAUUGAAACUAAAGGAACAGGAUGGCAUUAAAUAAUAAGCUAUUUUCUGAUACAUACAGCUACACAAAAAUACAACAAAUUACAAUUUAAAAGAAUAUUCAUGAUUAUUGUUACAGUGAUUUCUUGUGUUGGCUCUGCAUCCUGCUGGAGAAGCGUUGCCAGCUGCACAAAGUCACAUAUUACAAUUCUUGUGUUCUCUGGUAGUGGAUUUUGUAUAGCACUGAUCUAUGUGUAAUUUGUGAUUUGUUCCCAUUUGUUACAAAAAUCAAAAACAAAAAAAAUAUAUAUAUAUCUUUAUUGUUCUU